AUGUCGACAAGUACCUCGUCUCUCGCGGCGACGGCGAGCGCGGCGGCUUCUACGACUAAACCGGCCAGUUACAAGGUAGGCACACGCAAGCAAAGAGUCUAGGGGAAGGGUCAUUGUGCACCUUUCGCUCGGAAUGGCCGAUGGCUAGCCUGGGAGGAAGUUUCUUGGCGUGACAUAGCGCGUCACGACUCUCGAGCAUCACCGAGCCGAACGUGGCGGGAGCUGAGGCGACAGUGACAACAGCCGACCGGACAGGAGGUAGCGCCUGGUAGCGACCGACACCGAGGCCGAGGCCGCACCUAAUCAGUGCACGGGGAAUACUGAUAAGGCUACAUUGUUCCGACUCAGAUCAUCGGUAUUUGCUUGGCCGUCGGCAGUGGACUGUUCAUCGGAACCAGUCAGUAUUGCCCACUGCCUCCCCGCCGCAUGCUUCAAUGUCUGAGGCAGCGUCUCGACAACUGACCCUUGGUGGUUCUUUGUACCUAGGCUUUGUCGUCAAGAAAAAGGUACGACCGAGCACAGCAGCUCGGGAUGUCGAGGAGCGGCACUCACGCUUCGUUUACCGUGCUCGGCCGUGCAGGGUCUUCUGGCUUCGCAACAAAAGUCGGGCAAUGUGGCCGGAGAGGGGCACGCCUACCUCAAGAGUUGGCUAUGGUGGACGGGGAUGAUACUCAGUCAGUGCGAACGGUUCUAUCGCAGCCGUGCCCACGCCCUCUGACGGUCCUCCUUCCUCCGCGAGUGGGCAGUGAUUCUCGGCGAAGUGCUCAACUUUGUCGCCUACGCCUUCACGGAAGCCGUGCUCGUAACCCCACUCGGCGCACUUUCCGUCGUCAUCUGUGCGAUCCUGUCGUCCAUCUUCCUCAAGGAAAGGCUCACCUUCUUUGGCAAGAUCGGCUGCGUUUUGGCGAUCCUCGGCGCGACGAUCGUCGCUCUCAACGGACCCAAGGAUUCCUCGGCGACGACGAUUCCCGUCUUUCAAAAACUGUUCCUUGCCCCCGGGUUCUUGGUUUUCGGUAGUCUCGUCAUCGUGGGUCCCUACUGAUGUUCCGCCGUAAUCGUUUGAGUUGUCGUUGACGCCUGUGCGUCGCCUGUGCACAGCUCGUCUCCUUAGGCCUCAUCUUUUUCGUCGCCCCCAAAUACGGCAAGACGCACAUGCUCGUCUACAUCACUAUCUGCUCACUCAUCGGCGGUCUUUCCGUCGCGUGCACGUCGGGGCUCGGCGCUUCCAUCUUAACCUCGAUCCGGGGCGACAACCAGUUCAAGCACUGGUUCAUCUACUUCCUCCUCGGCUUUGUCAUCAUCACGCUCUUGACCGAGAUCAACUACCUCAAUGUUUGUUCGAGUACUAAUCACGGACCCGGCUGCAUUGGAAUGAAAGCUGACCCGUCGCUUCUGCGCUUUGGAUUUUGCAGAAAGCUCUCGAGCUCUACAAUACGGCGUAAGUUAAGACGGCGGUUCGGUUCGGAAUCUGGACCUACUGAUACUGAUCUCUCAUACGGUUUGCUUCGACAGGAUGGUCACGCCCACUUACUACGUCCUAUUCACGGGUUGCACCUUGAUCACGGCGUCGAUUCUCAACCAGGGCUUUGAGGCGUCGCCGGUUGAUAUCGUGACUGUCGUCAUGGGAUUCCUCGUCAUUUGCUGCGGUGCGUUCAAGUAACAAACGCUUUAAUCUUGCGAUCUGUCCCCUGAGCAUGCUUCGAUACACAUCCCCAGGGAUCAUCUUGCUGCAACUGUCCAAAGUUGACCCCGUGGACGUCGCGGAAAAGCUCGAUCGCCGAUCGACAAUCCUCUUCACCGGUGGUCGGAGUCGCGCCAACACGAUGCAAGAAAAGGUGCUUGAAAUGGAGGAGCCGGGGAUGGAUGCCUUGCGAGGCUCGUUCGGAGCGUUCGGUUCGAUCCACCGCGCCGUGAGUGCGAGGAGGUCGAUGCGACGCGAGCCGGGCUUUGAUCCGAACGAAGUGAGGCGACGACACGGCGCGCCGGGGGCGAUGGGAAGUGGUCCACAACAGUCCGUGCCGAUGCGGUCUUAUCAAUUGUACGAUGCACCCAUGCCUUCGGACGCUCUGGACAAGAUCUCGCUGCACAGUGGCGGUCAGCCUUCGCCGAGCGCGCCCUUUGCUCAGACGGAGCGCGAUCGUUCCCCUUCCAUCACGUUCUCGCCGGCCGACAACGUGCACCGAUGUGAGUUGCCUCGAGGAUGACCUUCUGUAGAGAGGCACAGUGCUGAUCCUUGAUGAGACCUGAACUCGCAGACGCUCGCGACCCUCGCUCGAAGCAAGGCGUGUCUCACGACGAAGUGACCCUGCAACCGCAUGCACACGAGCACCACGGGCCCGUGGACGCUCCCUCUUCAGCCGACAUUGGCACCUCGUCUUUCCUUGGUGCCAGCGCUCCGCGCACGCCCUCUCCUUCUUCGAUCGAUCGAAUCCGACAUGGCUCCUACCCUCUCCCGAGUUCUACCAGCGUCAGCCCGUACCCACCCCGCCUCGAACCCCCACAACUCGACGCGCCGGAACAGCUCAUCUCCCCCGCUUCCAAGAGUCGUUUCGGGAUCUCGAUGCCCUUCAUUCACCACGACUCAUCCUCCUCGAAGGUUCACGAGAACAAUGCGAAUCGCUCGAGGGCCGGGACUUUGACGUCGCACCGCUCGUUCGAAGCACCCCAUGGACCUAAAGAUCUCGACCAGGCCGAGUCCAAGAGCUUGGUCAACCAUGCUCGAACGGACUCGAAAGCCGAUAGUGAAAGUGAUGGCGAAGACGGGUUCGGCGAGAGUAUCGAACGUAUCGAUACGCGGGAUCAAUUGUAG